CUUCAGAGCGCGUGGGUGAGAACCAAGGGGAGCAGAACGGUGAUUACCGGGCAUGUGGAGCGAGAAUGCCAGACGGGUCUGGAGGCUACAAACUGUACCCCAAAAUAUCCCAAAAGUUAUUUAAUCUGGUUGCCUUGCGUAUCGACGAUACCGUCAUCCGAAAUCUGUACAAGACAGCUGGAUUUCUACCAUUUUGUGAUUUAUUUCACUAAGCGGAGAGAUGAGAGUUCACUUUUCAACCAGUUGGAUAUUUCAGGGCUGGAUCACCCCUCUGAUUGUCAUUAUAUACUCACAGGCGGCACUGUCCAAGCCAACCUGUACCCACCAGCAGUACCUCAAAGACAAGAGAUGCUGCAGCAAGUGUGAACCAGGGAACUACAUGUUUGCAGAGUGUGUUGGCCCCACCGACACCAAGUGUCGUUCAUGUGGCAGUGAUGAGUAUCAGCCCGACUGGACCAACGAGACCAAGUGUCUUCCCCAGAAGUUCUGUGACACAGGUAAGGGUUUUAACCGCGAGAGGCCCAAUAACCCUCGUGCAGCGGUUCCGUGUCAGUGUAAACCAGGCCUGCAGUGUUCUCCCAUCAACUGUGAGUUCUGUGAGAAGAUUCCCACCUGUGAACCAGGAUUUGGAAUGGAGAAAAACAGUGAGUCGGGCAGGAGAACCUGUGUUCCGUGCAAGAAAGGAUAUUUCUCUCCCAACACCUCGAUGGAACCCUGCAAUCAGUGGACCAGUUGUAAAGGUCUCGGGAAGAGUGAGAAACAGCCUGGGAGCGACCGGACUGACGCCGUCUGUGGACCUCUGCUCCCCGGUCCGUCCAGCUCCUGGCUCCUCGUCUGUGUUCUGUCAGUCAUCACACUUCUCUGCCUCAUCAUCCUCCUGCUCUUCUGUUACAAGGACAAACUGAAAAUCCUCUCAGUGAAUUUGCGAUCGUGUGUCCAGAGUCUGAAAAGGACCAGGAUACAGCAGGAUACUCUGGCCCCUCUUUACCACAGUGGGGGGCUAGAACGGGAGGUCGCAGGCGAGAACUGCACCCUGUGUGAGACAACGUGCCUGAUUGGCCCUGCCCACACCCACUCGGAAACUCCGCGCACCUGCCCCUCAGCCGCGCCCAUCGACCGGGUCGAACUGCCCCCCACUAAAGAGACAGAGGAGGAGAGGAGGAGGGAGGAGGAAGACGAGGGUAUGGGCAGCGAGGGGUCCGGGGAGGUGGAGGAGGUGUCGGAGGGCGUGUCACCGCUGUGGGCUGGCUCUUGUGUGUGCGUGAUGUCCGUGAGGGAGCCGUUGGAGGUGGGGGAGAAUGAGGACUGCAGCCAGGCCGUCAGCCCCGGAGCCCUGGGCACCUGCUCCUGUGGAGGAGAGGGGGAGGGCAGAGACGCUGAGAGGGAGGACAAGAAAGAUGGAGGGAGGGGCGAGAGGGCCAAGGUGGUCGAGAGUCUGCAGGGGAAAAGCUUUGAGAGGAGCUGCGACAGCUCCUCCCCAACCUCCUCGCCCUCCUCCCUGGUUUUGCCUGCCAUGCCGUCAUGUGACCUCUACCUGCCGCUGACCCAAACCAUUGACACCUCGGCAGGGAAAGGGGAGGAGCUAUACAGACUGAACUGCAGCGUAAGCCCCACCCCCAUUACAGAAGCCACACCCACAUCAACUCCCUCAUCCUUUUCUGACACCUCCGUGACCCCUGUGAUCGUGGGCGACGGACGGUCAGACCUGAGCUCCGGGGCCCUCGGCAGUGUGACAGACCAGGGGCUUUCCUGGAGGGACUGUGGAGGAAACAAGCUCGCUUCCGGGGGCUCGGUGCUGGAGUGUUCCCCUGAGAGCCUACAGAGUCAGCUCACGGAACAAGCACUCACCUCAGGUCAGGUGACGGGGAACAACAACACCACCUUCAUAUCCAGCGGUCAGGUGAUGAACUUCAGCGCUGAUGUCAUCGUCGUCUAUGUCAGCCAGACGUCGUUAGGCAACGAGGGGGAGGGGCCAGAAGACGAGUUUGGAAGCCCUGUUCAGGAACAGGCCAAUGAGAGAGCUCCACCGUUCCCAAGUUCCACCUCCUCUAAAAGUGCCGGCCAUUCACCGCCACCAUCCCCAGGAAACUCCUUUACCCACAAUCGUCUACGGCAGGAUGACAAUCUUCCGGUUCAGGAAGUGACUGACGAGUGGCCCAGAGAGAAGUGAUUGGAAUGUGGAGGGUGUAUAAUAAAGCCAUAAGACAAGUGAAGCCAUAGACUAGUUGAUAUUUCAAAACCUACUGCUUUAAUCAACUCCAAAGAAAACUCCAUCGCCUUCCGGGGUAAGCGCCCAGAAUUGGACCUGGGCCAAAGACUUGAACUGGAACCUGGAUGUCUGUAAUACUCAUCUCAACCUGAUGGCUGUUUCUCAAAAAAGUUUCCUCUUCUUCAUGACUGAUCCUAAAGAGCUGGACGACAGAAAUCAAAUCCAUGAGUUGAUGACUCUUGUUUCCUAUCCUUGGUGUUGAUUUGUUGUCUCACCAUCAGUGUGGUUUGUUGUUAAAAAUGCUAUGCAUUUGUUGAGCUACAUACUAUAUAUAUAUAUAUAAAUGUGUUGAUUGUUGUUUUUGUUUUUUUAUUUUCAAAACCAUCACCAAGCAUACGGACAGUCACAUAGAAAGACAGAUUUCCAUUAAACCCUUGUAAAAUACAAGCCUUUCAACAAAGUAAAACACAAGCCAAAGACACAAAAUACAAAUGGACAAGUCUAUCCCCUAUAUUCAGGACCCAGACCCUAACUCUAACCCCAUGAACCCUAUCCCGUUUAUACAGGACCCAGACCCUAACUCUAACCCCAUGAACCCUAUCCCCUGUAUACAGGACCCAGACCCUAACUCUAACCCCAUGAACCCUAUCCCCUGUAUACAGGACCCAGACCCUAACUCUAACCCCAUGAACCCUAUCCCCUGUAUACAGGACCCAGACCCUAACUCUAACCCCAUGAACCCUAUCCCCUCUAUACAGGACCCAGACCAAAACAGAAAAUAAAUUACUCUAAGUAGAUGAGCAUCUAUCAUAACAGUUUUCAGUCCAAAAGAUGUUUGCUAAAAUUAAACUAAUAUAAUCCACACAUCGUGCCGUGUCACGUGCGACUUCCCCGACCGACACAGCCCAAAUAUCUCCCAGGCAUCUGAUUGUUUUGACCGAUCGGCUCAAUGGGGUGAGAGGGGGGGCAGCGCUGUCUCGUACCCCCGCCCAGAGGGAAAGCGGCCAUGGGAAGGCAAACAAGCAACCGAGUCUGCCUAAUUUAGCGCCUUACUCAUAGAGCCUGUGCCUGGCAAAGAUGAAAGAGCUGAUUCGGCAAGAAAGAGUUGGACCAAAGCUGAACGUGCUGCAACUGAUUUCCUGUAGUUGAAAUUGGAGCGUGUAGUUCUGAAUUAUAUAUAUUUUUUAAAUGUCAGGGAAUGAAGAAGAAAACUGAUACCACAGGACUAACAGUGGUAUUCUGAAGAGUUGUCUUGGCCGAACGCUGGAGAUGACUGUUAGCUCCCUGAGGGAUACCUCAGUAUUGGCUCAGUGAGCUAGCACAGUCUGUUAGCCAGUAGUAGACCAGACAUUCAUCCACACUGAUCAGUUGCUUCGGCCAAAAAGAGAAUAAAACAGUCUAUGAUUAACCGUUCGUCUCCCAAAAGAACUGAGGACGUGUAAAGCUACACUGGUCUUGUUAAAACGGACUGGUGACAUGAAAACCAGCGCUCACAAGACCAGAUCUGAAUCCAGGUAGAACAGCUAACCAAUAACAUGAACUUGAGAGUUGAAAAUGGAAACGUUUACUUAUUCUCAUGUCUGUAUAUAAACUGUACAUACUGAUCCAAAUCACUUUGCAAUAAAUUACGGAACUGUU